CGCGCGCAAGGGGCUGGUUUGGUGAUCCCUUUAAGAAACCGCAGGCGGAGGAAUUUCUCUGAGAGAAAAUAAUCCUACUCACAGGGCCCCUUGGAGGCCAUUAACCCCCCGAGUCCCGGCCCCCCCCCCUUUCCCGGGCAGGCCCUACCGCCUACGCGCGCACCCGUGGGAUCUCAAGAUCUCCGACCCGGCGCGCGGCAUCCGCCCCCUCCCCACUGUAAGCGCCAGGCUCGGCCAGGUCCGGGGAAGCUGCCGCGAGGCGGCCGUGCCUGCAGUGUGGGCGGGGGCCGGGGGCCCGAGAGGUUCCGCCGCCACAGCGCUGGGAGCCGCAGUGGUUCCGAGCGGGGCUCAACAUGGCGGAGAGAGAGGUGGAGUCCAGCCCCCGAAAGAGGGUAGGUGAGUUUGAGCAGAAAACUGGUGCAGUUUUUGAUGAAAUUGUAGAGAACUGUGGUGGUAUCAUGGAUACAGAAAUGUCUGAAGAUAUAGACCACAACUUAACUCCUACCCUUGACAGCAUGUCUUAUGGAAUGCCGAAUCAAACAGGAUCUGAAAAUUCAUUGCUGGAUGAAGAUGAUUAUUUUUUGAACUCUGGGGAUCUUGCAGGAAUUCCAGUCGUUGGUAGUGACAAUGAGGAUGAACAGGAUUUUAGUUCAAAGGACAAUCUUGUUUCUUCAAUUCAUACUGAUGAUAGCUUGGAAGUAGAGAGAAGAGUCACACAGCAUGAAUCAGACAAUGAAAAUGAAAUACAGAUUCAAAAUAAAUUAAAAAAAGACUUUCCUAAACAAUUUGAUCAGGUUUCUGUCUUUAAAUCAAUACGGAAAGAUUUUAGUCUAGUAAGAGAAAACAGCAAAGAGACUUUUUCUGGAAAGGAGAAAAAUAGAGACCUAACUUAUCUUGAACGUGAAAAACGGUUGGAUAAACCCCAUAAAGAGUUGGAUUCAAGGUUGAAAAGCAGUUUUUUUGAUAAAGCAGCUAAUCAAGUUGAAGAAACAUUACAUACCCAUUUACCACAAACCCCAGAAACAAACUUUAGGGAUUCCAGCUAUCCAUUUGCCAAUAAAGAAUCCAUUGGUUCGGAACUGGGAAAUUCCUUUGCAUCAAAUGUUAGAAUUAAAGAAGAACCUUUGGAUGAUGAGUAUGACAAAGCAAUGGCACCACAGCAGGGACUACUAGACAAAAUUAAAGAUGAACCUGACAAUGCUCAAGAGUAUAGUCAUGGCCAACAGCAAAAAACUCAAGAAGGGGAACUGAAAAUUAGUGCUGUGUUUUCAGUCAGUGGCAGUCCUCUUGCUCCACAGUUGACUACUGGCUUUCAGCCUUCACUGGCAUCAUCUGGCAUGAAUAAAAUGCUUCCUUCAGUUCCAGCCACAGCUGUUCGAGUUUCCUGUUCUGGUUGUAAAAAAAUCCUCCAGAAGGGGCAAACUGCUUAUCAGAGGAAAGGGUCUACUCAGCUAUUCUGCUCUACACUGUGCCUCACUGGAUAUACAGUUCCACCUGCCCGCCCACCGCCUCCUCCCACUAAGAAAACUUGUUCAAGUUGCUCAAAAGACAUUUUAAAUCCAAAGGAUGUGAUCAGUGCCCAGUUUGAAAAUACCACCACUAGUAAAGAUUUUUGUAGUCAGUCAUGUUUGUCAACAUAUGAACUGAAAAGAAAACCUGUUGUUACCAUAAAUACGAAUAGCAUUUCAACCAAAUGCAGCAUGUGUCAGAAGAAUGCUGUUAUUCGACAUGAAGUUAAUUACCAGAAUGUGGUACAUAAACUUUGCAGUGAUGCCUGCUUUUCUAAGUUUCGCUCUGCUAACAACCUCACCAUGAACUGUUGUGAAAACUGUGGGGGUUACUGCUACAGUGGCUCUGGACAAUGCCACAUGCUCCAGAUAGAGGGACAGGCUAAGAAGUUUUGUAGUUCCACGUGUGUCACAGCAUAUAAGCAGUCCUGUUGGAGGAGGAAAGGAGAAAUAGGGUUGGAGAUACAGAAGAGAUUCCAGAAUGUAGGAAUAUGCUCACUUGAAUAUGUAUUUAUUUUAAUAAAAUCAGCCAAAAUUACACCAUGUGCGCUUUGCAAAUCAUUGAGAUCCUCAGCAGAAAUGAUUGAAAAUACCAAUAGCUUGGGAAAGACGGAGCUUUUCUGUUCUGUUAAUUGCUUAUCUGCUUACAGAGUUAAAAUGGUUACUUCUGCAGGUGUACAAGUUCAGUGUAACAGUUGCAAAACCUCAGCAAUCCCUCAGUAUCACCUAGCCAUGUCAGAUGGAAGUAUUCGCAACUUCUGCAGCUACAGUUGUGUGGUAGCUUUCCAGAAUUUGUUCAACAAACCAGCAGGAAUGAAUUCUUCAGUGGUGCCCUUGUCUCAGGGCCAAGUAAUUGUAAGCAUCCCUACAGGUUCAACAGUGUCAGCAGGAGGCGGUAACACCUCUGCUGUUUCUCCCACCUCCAUCAGUAGCUCUGCUGCAGCUGGUCUCCAGCGUCUUGCUGCCCAAUCCCAACAUGUUGGGUUUGCACGAAGUGUUGUAAAACUCAAGUGUCAGCACUGUAACCGUCUCUUUGCCACAAAACCAGAACUUCUUGAUUAUAAGGGUAAAAUGUUUCAGUUCUGUGGCAAAAAUUGUUCUGAUGAAUAUAAGAAAAUAAAUAAUUUAAUGGCAAUGUGUGAAUAUUGUAAAAUUGAGAAAAUUGUAAAGGAGACUGUGCGAUUCUCAGGUGCUGACAAGUCAUUCUGUAGUGAAGGUUGCAAAUUGCUUUAUAAACAUGACUUGGCAAAACGCUGGGGAAAUCACUGUAAAAUGUGCAGUUAUUGUUUACAGACAUCUCCCAAAUUGGUACAGAAUAAUUUAGGGGGGAAAGUAGAAGAGUUUUGUUGUGAAGAGUGCAUGUCCAAAUAUACAGUUCUGUUCUAUCAGAUGGCCAAAUGUGAUGGUUGUAAGCGACAGGGUAAGCUCAGUGAGUCCUUGAAAUGGCGGGGAGAAAUGAAACAUUUCUGUAACCUGCUUUGUAUCUUGAUGUUCUGUAAUCAGCAAAGUAUGUGUGACCCACCUUCACAAAAUAAUGCAGGAAGUGUUUCCAUGGUGCCAGCUGCUUCAUCAGGGCCCCCAUCUCACAGAAAAGAUUCAACUCCAGUUAUAGCUAAUGUAGUAUCAUUAGCCAGUGCUCCUGCUGCUCAGCCCACAGUGAAUUCUAACAGUGUCUUACAAGGUGCAGUUCCAACAGUAACAGCGAAAAUCAUUGGGGAUGCAAGUACACAAACAGAUGCCCUCAAACUGCCACCUUCCCAGCCUCCAAGACUUUUGAAGAAUAAAGCUUUAUUGUGCAAACCCAUCACACAGACCAAGGCCACUUCUUGCAAACCACAUACCCAAAACAAAGAAUGCCAGACAGAAGACACUCCAACUCAGCCCCAAGUUAUUGUGGUGCCAGUUCCAGUACCAGUGUUCGUACCUAUACCUCUUCAUCUUUAUACUCAGUAUGCCCCAGUCCCAUUUGGAAUUCCAGUUCCAAUGCCUGUCCCUAUGCUUAUUCCAUCCUCAAUGGAUAAUGAAGAUAAAGUCACUGAGAGUAUUGAAGACAUUAAGGAAAAACUUCCCUCACAUCCUUUUGAAGCUGAUCUCCUUGAGAUGGCAGAAAUGAUUGCAGAAGAUGAAGAGAAGGAAAAGACUCUAUCUCAGGGAGGAUCCCAAACUUCUGAACAGGAGCUCUUUCUAGACACCAAGAUAUUUGAAAAAGACCAAGGAAGUACUUACAGUGGUGAUCUUGAAUCAGAGGCAGUAUCUACUCCACAUAGCUGGGAGGAAGAAUUAAAUCAUUAUGCCUUAAAGUCAAAUACUGUGCAAGAGGCUGAUUUAGAAGUGAAGCAGUUCUCAAAAGGGGAAACUGAACAGGAUCUGGAAGCAGAUUUUCCAUCAGAAUCCUUUGACCCACUGAAUAAAGGACAGGGAAUCCAGGCACGUUCCCGAACAAGAAGACGACACAGAGAUGGCUUCCCCCAGCCCAGACGAAGAGGACGGAAGAAGUCUGUAGUGUCUGUGGAGCCCAGGAGUCUUAUUCAAGGAGCCUUUCAAGGGUGCUCAGUGUCUGGGAUGACACUGAAAUACAUGUAUGGGGUAAAUGCCUGGAAGAACUGGGUUCAGUGGAAAAAUGCCAAGGAAGAGCAGGGGGAUCUGAAAAGUGGAGUUGAACAUGCCUCAUCUAGCCCGUGUUCUGACCCUUUAGGAAGUGCUCAAGACCAUGCACUCUCUCAAGAAUCUUCAGAGCCAGGCUGUAGAGUCCGCUCUAUCAAGCUGAAGGAAGAUAUUCUGUCCUGCACUUUUGCUGAGUUGAGUUUAGGCUUAUGCCAGUUUAUUCAAGAAGUGCGGAGACCAAAUGGUGAAAAGUAUGAUCCAGACAGUAUCUUAUACUUGUGCCUUGGAAUUCAGCAGUACCUGUUUGAAAAUGGUAGAAUAGAUAACAUUUUUACUGAGCCCUAUUCCAGAUUUAUGAUUGAACUUACCAAACUCUUGAAAAUAUGGGAACCUACAAUACUUCCUAAUGGUUACAUGUUCUCUCGCAUUGAAGAAGAGCAUUUGUGGGAGUGCAAACAGCUGGGCGCUUACUCACCAAUCGUCCUCUUGAACACCCUCCUUUUCUUCAAUACCAAAUACUUUCAACUAAAGAAUGUUACUGAGCACUUGAAGCUUUCCUUUGCCCAUGUGAUGAGACGGACCAGGACUCUGAAGUACAGUACCAAGAUGACAUAUCUGAGGUUCUUCCCACCUUCACAAAAGCAGGAGACAGAACCAGAUAAACUAACUGUUGGCAAGAGGAAACGAAGCGAAGAUGAUGAGGUUCCAGUGGGUGUGGAGAUGGCAGAAAAUACUGACAACCCACUAAGAUGCCCAGUCCGACUUUAUGAGUUUUACCUGUCCAAAUGUUCUGAAAGUGUGAAGCAGAGGAAUGAUGUGUUUUACCUUCAACCUGAGCGCUCCUGUGUUCCAAAUAGCCCCAUGUGGUACUCCACGUUUCCAAUAGACCCUGGGACCCUGGACACCAUGUUAACACGUAUUCUCAUGGUGAGGGAGGUACACGAAGAACUUGCCAAAGCCAAAUCAGAAGACUCUGAUGUUGAAUUAUCAGAUUAAAGUGGAAGUGGGGUUCCUAUUUUCAUACACGUUGGUAUGCACCAAACUGUGAAUGCAUCCAGCUUUGGAAAACGAUCUAUAAGUCCAAGUCCUCUUGACUUGAUUAUAAGAUAAUGGAAAACAGACGACUCGUGAACCACAGUGUGGAUGUACAAAUGAAAAUUGAAGGAAAGAAUAUGAACUGAGAAAUGUUGUUCUUUGGCAGUGAUAUAGUUCUUAGACAUCUUCAGAAUGACUAACCAAUUUCUCUGAGUGGUGCAUAAUCUUAUUUUGUUUGGGAAUAACAAAUUGUGGAAUAUUUUUAAGGAAAACUGUUGUAUAAAACUCUACCAUAGUAACCUUAGACCUUAGAGAGGUAGCUUUGGAGUGAAACCUUGGCUGCAGUAGGCUACUUGGGCAAGCCCUAUGUAAAAGUCAGGGGAGAAAUCAGUUCGGAGCUAAGAGUGGCAUCAGAUGAGGACUGUGGGACCCAGACUUGAAGACCCAAUAAAAAUAUUCAACUUUUUUUAAAAGGUAGAGAGUGAAGUGGUCUUGAUUUUGAUUUUCACUGCCAAGCCAAUUCUGUGAAGGAUAGAAGCCUCUGGUGCUUUUGCCAUGGGGUCCCUCAAAUCAGAGGAAAAGGCCUUCACUGCUGUUCAUGCAGUAAUGUGUCCCUUUCACUUUCUGGGUCUAGCCUUCUCAGCUGUGGGUCUGGAUGUGGGUAAAUUAAGUUCAAGGGGCUGAAACUCUGCAAAAUGAUUAUGCACACAGAAAAUCUGUGGAGCCCAUUAGACCCCAAGUGUCUUGAAAUGUUUGCAGAAAACCCACUAAAAUGCCCACUUCUCUGGGUGUCAGCCUUUAUUGCUGCUGUCUCACAGCAUGAGCUGUGGUACACAGAAAUGGGGGUUCUCCUUUUGUUUCCAUUUUAUCCCCAAAUGGCAGCUUUUCUCCCAUUGUUUUAUCUUCCUGUUUCCCAGAUAGUUCCUAUCAUUUUGUCUUUUGCACCAGUUUCUGGAGGCCCUUGUCAUUUCAGAAAGAGUCUCUCUCCUUACUCUGGCAAGCCUGUGGGUGAUUCCACAAAGACACAGUGUUACUUAGCUAUCAGAAUUAUGGUAGAAGAGGUCCUAGUAUAUUCCUAUAUAAAGCAUUUGGAAGAUGAGCUUGUUGCCCAAAGAAACUUGAAAAUAGGAUUUUGGGGUUAGGAUACAAAGACACUGACUGUCUUUCAUAUCCACGAGCAGGUCUUCUAUAGCAUUAUUCCAGACUCUAGCUGUUUUAGUAGUUCUCUGAGGAUUGCAAGUCCUGGGUGUGUUUGGCAUAUGGAUCCUUCUUCUUCAUCUCCAUUCUGUUUCUUCCCCACAAAAUUUUGAAUCAAAGCGUUUAUGAUAUUGGCCAAUCACGGAAUUUCGUUAGCUGAGGUUAAUUUGACCCUUUAAUAGAAAUGAGAGAAGUCUAAAAAGCCUCCCAGAAACUUUAACCUUGAAAGACUUUACAGUAUGUCCCACUUUUCAGAUGGGGGUGACAGGUUGUUUUUUGGGGUUUUUUUCAAUAAACUCUUUAACUACAAUAAAAAUUUAAAAGUAGGCCUUUUGACAUUGUGUACUUACGGUUCUGUCCCUCUGCCUGUAACAAAUUUUGUUUUUGUUACCAAGAACUAUGUCAAAGAAGUAAAUCUGCCCCAGUUCUGUAUGAUUAAUUCCAUCUGUGUUUGUCAUUUCUGACUGGAAAACUUCUUACUUCCAGACCUUGUUUGAUAUGGAGGAAAAACAGUUGGAUUGUCUGAUAAGUCUGCCAAUAAACUAUCCAGAAACAUCAGGUGUAAUAGUCCCCACUAUACAAAUUUUAUGGUUUAUAUAAACACUAAUAUUUCCCCUUCUGUAGAAAAACAAAUAUGUGGCAUAAUAGAUAAACUAUUGUAAAACACUAGAGAGAAAAAAAAAAACCUGUAUCUUUUAAUUGAGAACAGCCAAUAUCCAGGUAAAUGGCUGUACCAGGAUGUCAAUUGCAUGUUAGUUCACACAGUUGUCCAGAUCCUGAAUUAAUUCGUAAAAGAAAAUAUUAAUUAUUGGUCAUUCCUCAUAAGCAUAGCCAUUGAUAUGUGUGUCUGGUUAUUUGCUUUUUAAAAUUUUAUUAAAAUUAUGUUAAAUUACAUUUUUCCCCCCCAGGGGAGAAAAAAUAUCAAACAAGAGAAAACAUUAAAUUAUCCAUUCUGUUCUUUUUUGUUUUUUAAACACUUGGGUUUUCACCUUGCAGAAACCACAGAAAUAUUCCCUUAGAAUAAAACAGUAUAUUUGUAUUUGAUGGGUGAAUUAUUCCUUUUUGUUAUGUCUUGAAAGAAUUUUAAAUAUUUUUUCCUGUUUGACCCUAUUGGUAUGUAUGACCCAACAGAUGGCAUAUUACAAAGAAAGAGAGCAUUUUUCAGAAAAUUGUUUGAUUUUUACUCAGUCCAGAAAACAUACUGUUUCACUGCAAAAUCUUUUCAAAUUUUUUUUUCCCAUCAAAGACUUGUUCUGAUUUUUAAUCUAUUAACUAUAUUCAAAGCCCUGAAAGCUAGAAGUAUCAAGUAUCAUGUAUAUAUUUCAUUUCAGGCAGACUUUUUUUUUUUUGAGAUUCACAAAGCUUGCCUCGUUCAACUUGAAUCAUUUUGAAAUCAUGAAAUUAGAAUAAAGAAUAUAUCCAUUCUUAAGUAUAAAUACAUAUUUAAUUUGGGAAUGUGAGACUAAGUGGCAUUUUCCUUAGACUGUAGAGCUAUAUUGGUAUUGUGCAAAUAUACCUUCAAAUUCCACAGAUUGUUUCUAUCUACCUGCCCUGUGGCAUUCCUAAUUUUGUAUAGUAGGACUUUCCCAAAAAGUUUUAAGUAAAAUGAAAUUCUGUAAAUGAAUCCCAGGUUUUCUAGUAAAUUCAAAUUUUAAUUUUCCAUGCAAAUAGAAAAGUUCCCUAUGGUUCUGAGUUGAAAUUUUAGGAAAGAAUUAAGCAAUAAUAUCCCCAACUCCUCUUGUCUGUCAUCAUCAUAAUUUAUUAUCAUCAUUGAAAAACUAAUAAUUGAGAGGCAUUGUUACAGAGUGGGAAGAUCGGAAGCUUCAGAGCCUAGUCUUUCUACUUACUGUUUGUAUAUCUUUAGGUAAGUUACCUAACCUCUCUGUGAUUCAGUUUUCUCAUGAAGUGAGAAUAAUAAUAACUAUUUAUAACUUGUCCCUGGCACAUGGUAGGUUUUCAAAUGUCCGCUAUUUUUUACUUAUAUGAAAAUUCUAGGCAUAUAGUAAAAUUUUAAAUAAGUGCUAAUUCCCGCACUGCAGCCUGAAUUUUCACUAAGUUCAGUGCUUCAGAUUGUGCUAAACAUAAUACCCAACAUCAUCAGUUCUAUAUAUUUGAAUCAAAUACUUAGAAAAACUAAAUACUGUAUACACUAAAUCAUAAGUUCUUCACUCAUGUGUUUAUAUGCAUAUGAAUUGUAAUCAACAUUACAAAAAUCCAUUGAUACACUUCACUGCAUUGAAGAAGGUAAGAAGUAAUACAUGGUAUAUCAAUGGAUACAAGAAGAGCAUGUGAUAUAGUUUUUUGUUUUUUUUGGUUUUUUUGCGGUACGCGGGCCUCUCACUGUUGUGGCCUCUUUCUUUGCGGAGCACAGGCUCCGGAUGCGCAGGCUCAGUGGCCAUGGCUCACGGGCCCAGCCGCUCCGCAGCAUGUGGGAUCUUCCCGGACCGGGGCACGAACCCGUGUCCCCUGCAUCGUCAGGCGGACUCUCAACCACUGCGCCACCAGGGAAGCCCUUUUUUUUUUAAUUGGAGAAACUCUUAAUCUGUGAAAUUUCUUUUACUUGGUAAUGGUUAUAUACCACCACAUAGGAAGAAGACAACUGUGCAAUAUACAUCUUCAUCCUUCUUCCUCAUUACAGAACCCCUGUCCCCCACAUUCUGAACCCCUGUAGCUUCCUGGUAAGAGACUGUAUUUUCCAGGCUAUCUUGCAACUAGGUGUAAACAAGUGACUAGGUUUUGACCAGUGGGAUGGAAGCAGAAAUAAAUAACAACCAGGCCACAUCCUUAAAAGGAAAGAGCCCACCCUCCUCUUCUAAUUUCCUCUUUCCCAUGCACCAGAAUGUAAACAUAGCCAGUGGUCAUGGCAAACCAGUUUUGUCUAUGUGGGAAAGGGCAACGUACCUUAAGCACAUUAAUCUCAUGGAGCAGCCACUUAUCUCCUGAACUGCCUGCUACCUCAGACCUUCACAUAAAAAAGAAAGAACCUUCCAUCUUACUGAAGCCAUUGUUAUUUGGCCUCUACUAAAGUAGCCAAACCAGUAUCCUAACUAAUAGACCUGCUAUGCCCAGUAUCAUGCUACUACUUAAUAUAGAACUGGAAGUUCUGAUCCAGACUAUAAGGAAAGAAAAAGAAACAGCUUAUCAAUGUUGGCAAGUGAGAAGUAAAACUCAUAUUUAAGUCAUUAUUUUCAGAUGUUCAGGAACAUCUAUAAAAAACCAAGAGAGAGAAUUCCCUGGCAGUCCAGUGAUUAGGACUCCAUGCUUUCACUGCUGUGGGCCUGGGUUCAAUCCCUGGUCAGGGAACUUACAAUCCCACAAGCCAUGCCACGAGGCCAAAAAUAAAAAUUAAGCCAAAAGAAACAACAUACCAUUAAAAAUAAGUUUAAGGCUGUUUACUAUAAAAUAACUUUAUAAAAACUUAAGGCAUUUUCCCACAAGAGCAAUAGCCAAUUAGAUAAUGUAAUUAAAAGGAAAAGAUACUAUUCACAGUAGCUAUACAAGCUAUAAAGUAUUUAGUGAUUAAUCAUAUGUCAAUAAAGGACGACAAACAGAUGACAAGCUCAGAGAAGAUGGUUGUGUAAAACCACUAAAGGAUUUAUGCCUCGAAUAUACAAAAACUGCUGAAUUGUAAAGAAAACAAAGAAUGAUAGUUCAUAGAUGAGGAGCCCAAAAGGGUAACAAACAUAUGAUCAUGGGAUUUUAUAAAAGAGCUGUCACUUUACAUCCUUAAGACUGGCCAAAAUUAGAAAAAUUGAUAAUGCCAAGUGGUGGUGGUGAUGUAGGGACAUAAAAACCCUUACAUAUUGCAAGAAUAAGUGUAGAACUGUGUAUAUCCAUUCUGUAGAGCAAUUUUAAACAUCGAGUUAAAGAAGGUUGAUAGUUUUUACUAAGAAAUUUCCCCUUUCCUCUCAUUAAAUAAAUGAUUAAUGUUA